AUGGCCGCUGCAGCUUCUGUUGCACAAGGCGCGGCUAGCACGCUGUUGCCGCCUGCUCGAGAUAUCCCGUCGACCUUCACCGCCAGCCUCAAGAGUUGGUGGGCUGCUGGAGAGAAGGAGAGUGCUGCUAGUGAGGAACGUCUGCUGAGGCGCCUACCAUUCUUCCGUUCUACUUCCACCCCCUCUCUAUCCGAAGACGACACAUCUGUCAUUGCGCGCAGUUCUAAGGUGCCGCUAUCAGCUAGCAAGCAGUUCCUCAACACAGUUUCCUUCACUCCUACUACGCCUUCUCCUGAUGCACCGCCUCCCGCUGUACUCCUUCAUGGCUACGGUGCAGGCCUUGGCUUCUACUUCCUCAACUUCCCCACUCUCGCACAGUGGGUCGGCUCCCGAGGAUCAUCAGCUUAUGCCCUCGACUGGCUAGGCAUGGGCCGUUCCGCGCGUGUUCCAUUUCGCAUCAAAGCAAAGCGUGAAGACAUCGCUGGUCGUGUACGCGAGGCGGAGUCGUUCUUCGUUGACUCUCUCGAGCAAUGGCGUGAGCAGAUGGGGCUGGAGAAGAUGACCCUUGUAGGGCACUCGCUGGGCGCCUAUUUUAGCGUGGUUUACGCGCUGAAAUAUCCUUCACGGGUGAAUAAGCUCGUGCUGCUUUCUCCGGCAGGAGUACCUCGCGACCCGAAUAAUACCAUGCCAUCAAGAGAGGUCACCGAUGGACAAUCGAUAGGUUCCGAAGGGCCCGAGGUGGCUACCACUGGUCGCGUUGAUGCACUCAAGCAUGAGCAAGCCGAGCAGAAGCGGAAUCAGAGCAGAUCGAGCAAGCUUUUCACGUAUUUGUGGGAGGAAGGGUGGAGUCCGUUCCAAGUAGUCCGUUCCACUUUGUUCUGGGGACCCAUGCUAGUCGGGAAGUACUCUUCCCGUAGAUUCUCCUCUCUCAGCGAGGAGGAAACACGCGAUAUGCAUGAUUAUAUCACGAAUAUCACUCUAGCUAAGGGUUCCGGAGAAUACUCACAUAUCCUCGCGCCAGGAGCGCACGCCCGUAUGCCGCUCGUUGACCGCAUCGCAGCGCUGAAGGUUCCAGUUACCUUUGUUUAUGGCGAGCAUGAUUGGAUGGAUCCCGCCGGUGGUGUGAAGUCUAUAGAUAACCUCCGUGCCGCGGGCAAUGCUGAAGGCCGGAUGUAUGUGAUUCCUCGCGCUGGUCACCACGUAUACCUGGACAAUGCUAAGGCUGUGAACAAGCUGCUUUUGAAAGAGCUGGAUCAUAAAGGACAUUGA